GCGCCAUCCCCCGACACCGCCGAGCUGCCUCCGGCUCUCCUCCUCAAAGCCACGCGGCGCGAGAGAGCGAGCAUGGCGGAUCGGCAGCAGCACGCGCACGGGCACGGCGAGCGGCCGGGGCACCCGCCGCCGGACUCGCCAUCGUCGGCGACGCUGCUGCGGCGCGUGCAGACCCACGCGCCCAACUCGACGCAGGUGGUGGGCUUCCUGACGCUGCUCGUGUCCGGCGCCGUGCUCCUCCUCCUGACGGGGCUCACGCUGACGGGCGCCGUCGUGGCGCUCGUCUUCCUGGGCCCGAUCGCGCUGCUCACCAGCCCGAUCUGGGUGCCCGUCGCCGUCGCGGCCGCCGUCCUCGCCGCCGUCGCGCUCUCCGCCUGCGGCUUCGCCGUCGCGGCGCUCGCGGCGGGGACAUGGAUGUACCGCUACUUCACGGGGCGCCACCCCGUGGGCGCCGACCGGAUGGACUACGCGCGCAGCCGGAUCGCCGACACGGCCAGCCACGUCAAGGACUACGCGCGCGAGUACGGCGGGUACCUGCACGGCCGCUCCAAGGACGCCGCGCCAGGAGCAUAGGCGCGCGGCGGCGCCGGGCGUGCGUGUUGCUGGUAGCUAGGUCGUCGCCGUCUCUUUUUCAUGUUCAUCUCUUGCGUGCGUACUCCAAUCCAGUCUCCCCCUCCGUGCUGUCAAUUUUCUCUACUUUUUUGCUAGGACACGUUUAUCUUGGUAAUUUUAUCUUGCUUUUCUAGUACUCGUGUAAUUAGGCAAUUAGUUGAAUCAUAAGAGGACUCGUCAUGGCUGGCAGCCUGAUCAACUCCCUCCCUCGCGGAAUGCUUCUAUUGACGAUAUGAGGUUAUGGAUCGCGUCAUUAACAUAUGAUGAGCAACAUGUGACAUUAUGUAAAAAAACCGAAGGAGUGCGAAUAAACGCAGUGUCCUAUCA